UUGUGAUAAAAAAUCUCUUUAUUUGAGUAUUUAUUUCCUGUCACGACCUAUUCUAGAUGCGGAGUAAUUUACUACAUCAAGGUAAACAGUAUGCUUUUAGCGUGCAGUUUAUGGCAUGUUUUUGUUUACUAGUUCGAGUCGGUAGAAUAUUGAUGAGUUUUGUGUUGCUACUUUCUAAAGCUAAAUGAGCUAAAUCGAGUGAAUAAGUAAGCAUUAUCACAUCAAAGCGAUAUUUCGAUUUCAGCACGUGAACUGUUUGUGCGGAAUGAAGGAAUCCAGUCUAACAAAGAUGGAAGUAUCUACUCCAACAAUCAAGCAAGAAGAGCUAUUGAUAUCCGACGAUGUAGCAAUAAAAGGGGAAUCGACUGUAACAAACGCCCUGAGGAAAGGUUUAACUGAUGUGAAACAAGAACCGGUUAUGGACAUUAUCGAUGAUGUUGAGAUUACACCAGCUUUCAGCUCCAGCAACUCUAACAAUUCGGAAAUGCGCAAUACCGAUGUUGGUGAUCAUUCACACAAAAAGAACGCUUGUGAAUUCUGCAAUAAAAAAUACAGCUCAAAACUCAACUUGGAGAAUCAUAGAAGAAUCCACACCGGUGAACGAACACGGUGAACAGAACAUUCCCCACUGCUGAAAGUUUGCAGCACCAUAAAAAUGCUCAUACAGGAGACCGGCCUUUUGAAUGUGACAUAUGCAAGCGAAGGUUUUCCCAAAAAUCAACCUUAGCGUCCCACAUGAAUUUUCACCGCACAGAUUGCCCUUAUAAGUGUCUGA